UCACUGCUGAGUUAGUGCCUACCUCAUCAUGGAACAUUUCAAGUGAACUCGACAAAGAUUCUUACCUGACCCUGGAUGAACCGAUGAAUAACAUCACCACGUCCCUGGGCCAGACAGCUGAACUGCACUGCAAAGUCUCUGGGAAUCCACCUCCCACCAUCCGCUGGUUCAAAAAUGAUGCACCUGUGGUCCAGGAGCCCCGGAGGAUCUCCUUUCGGGCAACCAGUUAUGGCUCUAGACUGCGGAUUAGAAACCUUGACACCACAGAUACAGGCUACUUCCAGUGCGUGGCAACAAAUGGCAAGAAGGUGGUUUCUACCACCGGAGUCUUGUUCGUCAAGUUUGGCCCCCCUCCCACCGCAAGCCCAGGAUCAUCGCUCUGCCUCAGUCCUGCUCCUGUCCCUGGGGGCAUUGCUCAACCACUAGGAGUAAGAGUCAACCAGUUUGCUGACCCUGAUCUGAAGCUCAGUUGAUCCAAACUGAGCAAGAAGUGAACAAGUUUUCUGCAUUUCCUUCCAGACCUCUAGUAGCCCUGACACACAUCCUGGACUAAUCAAGAUGGUGUGAAAUGCACGUCCAUCAAUUCAGAGCCGAGCUCUUGUCAUGCGGGACUGAAUUACCAACUUCCCAAGGAUCGCUGGGCAUGGGAGCAUGUUCUUUUCUUCUACAUCCCAAAUGUUGGAUGCUUCUGCCUUCUAACACUGCUCUAAAAUAGCUUUGUCAAACAAAGCAUGAACACUAGGAGUUUCCUGACAUUUUCAUAACUACGAGCAUAUGAUUUGCAGUUCAUAUUGAAUAACGAUGUAAGAAAUCUGCCAAGAAAGCUCCAAAUACUAUUUCCAGCGCUGGUUCAUAACCAGUUACAGCUGCCUCACCACAGAAUGUGAGCACAAUAGACUACCAGGUUCCGUGGCUCUCCUGCUUGCAAAGUUUGUAUUGAGUUACUGGGAGUCGUUCUAAUGGGGGAAGUCACUCUCCUGGAAAGCAUUUAAGAUGAAUAAAGCGAAGGGUUUAAUGUUCUAAUGAAAAAAUUUGUCAAUAUUUAAAUCAAACGUGUGAACACUAAGUGAUCUUACGUAUGUUUGCUGCAGAGGUUUCGAGGCAGUCUUUGGCUUUCCAGACACGAAUAAAGGAGAUAGAUGCACUGUUAAACUUUCGAACAGUGACGAAGAAAAACAUGGAGUAAUUGCUUCACUCAAAGCCUGCCAGGAGAUUAAUUGCCUAAGAGAUGUAUUUUAUGCAGUGUCCAAAAAUGGCAGAAUCUACAGGAGUGACUUGCUUUCACUAGGAAAAAACAUAUGUCACCUCUCACCAAAGAUGUUUAUGUCUUUUCACAAACCUGUCUUUUUUCAGCCCAAAGACAUUACAACUGGUAAUGGCUACAAAGCAAGGAGUUGAUCAGUUAGGAGUGUUUAGUAAUGUUUAAAAUAAUACCCUGUGGAGUCCGGUACAAUUCUGUACUGCAAGCCCCGUGGAACAGAACCCCCGACCCCAGGGCUGCAAGGCCUUUUUG